AUGGUCCUCUCUAGAUACGAGUUCAUCUUAGGUUUGAAUUUGAAGAUAAUGGUAGGGGUUCUUGAUUCAAUUUUACAAAAUGCUGCUUAUGGAGCUGAAUUUAUUGGGGGAUCUGUACAAGUUAUGGGAGUCAAAAGGCUCUUUGAUGAGGAGGAUUUUCAAGAGCUGUCUUUCAAGCAAGCUAAACGACUUGGUUUUGAGGAUAAGCUGGCUCCAUUUUCUGAGAAUUUUCCUCAUUACGAAACUUCUCCAGAAGUUGAUCUGCGAGGAGAUGGAAGCAACUUUUGUAAACUGCAGGUGGAUGAGGCGCUCGAAAAUGACGACAUAGGUGCUGCUUUUAAUGUGGCUGGUAAGGACUUGGAUACUAGUGUACCUUUAUCAUGGGUCACCAGCAGCAGUGAUAAUGAUAGUGCCGGAUUUGAGGAUAUUUCUCGCUGGUCUCAUUUCCCAGAGAAUUUUGACUUUUUGGAUCCUAGUCGAGGACCAUAUCAGUUUAAGGAUGGGUACUCAUCUUUGUUUAAUUAUGUUCCUACGAAAAAAGUUCAUAUUGGACUAACUCAUCAAGCAAAUCUUCCAAUUUGGGAUCCAUAUGUUACCAGGAAAGAUCAUACGGGUUUCAACUGCUUAGUUGAAAUUGAAGAAAAACUUAUGGGAACUUGUAUCAUUCCAAUGCCUGAUUUAAAUACUUCAACCUACAACGAUGUUGACGUUGGACGUGGCAGAACAGACUGUGGUUGCCUGGAUAAGGGUUCAAUGAGAUGUGUGCAGCAACAUGUAAAUGAAGCACGAGAAAAAUUAAGAGAGACCUUUUGGGAUGAGAAUUUUAUGGAAUUGGGAUUUUAUGAGAUGGGAGAAGAGGUGGCGCACAAGUGGACUGAAGAAGAUGAACUAUCAUUUCAUAAAGUCAUUUAUUGUAAUCCCGUGUCGCUUGGUAAAAGGUUUUGGAAGCUUCUCGCAGUGGUGUUCCCAACUCGAACAAAGAAGGAGAUUGUCUGCUAUUAUUUCAAUGCCUUUAUUCUUCGGAGGCGGUCAGUCCAGAACAGAUCUAAAUUGUUGGAGAUCGAUAGUGAUGAUGACGAGUGGCAAGGUACAGAUGGAGGCUUCUGUCGACUUGAAAGAGAGGAGGAAGAAUCUGUAGUGGAGUCUUUUGAUGAUCAAGAUGAUUCUUCUUCCCAAAAUGACGAUAACGAUGACGAUGAUUAUAAUGAUGGUGGGAAUGAUGAUGUUGGAAAUCUAUAUGCCAUUGAGAUGGAUGAUGGUACAAGUCAAAAGUCCAGAUUAGAGUCUGCAAAAUUGCAUGAUGGUUUAAGACUUGAUUAUAAACCUCAUCAUUUGGAUGGAAUUCAAAGCAAAAUUGAAGGGGAUCAAGAUGUCGAAGAACACAUCAGUACCUUUUCCAAAACCCAGUCCCAGAUGACAGAUAUCAUGGGGUCAGUAGGUCUUGGGAGUGUGGGGCAAGUGAGCAGACACAAAAACGAUCACAGAAAAUACUCGAACGAAAUUACACUAGAGGCAGAGUCAAAUGACGAUUUUGGUUUUGGGUUUGUAAUAGAGUCGUGUGAUGCAAAUAUUUGGGAUGACACAUAUUCGACGGGUCUGAUGAAAUCGGUUGAUCUUUUGCCGACGAGCAAUAUGAUUGAAGAAAUAUUCGGAUCCUAUGAUGCUUGGAAUAUGGUAAACCUAGUGAGCUGUGAAUAUGAGCUGGGCUUGGUUGGUCUACACUCACCACCACACUGCACACCUCAACGCUGCGUCGGAAAUUCUCUUCCGAUGGUGACGCCACCUUCACCACGACCACCAUUUUUAGAUUCGACACCUUCUACACCGCCGAGAGAGAGAGAUAGGGUGUGGGGGUGA